AACUUCGGGACAAGGCAGGAAGUCAAACGCUGGAAAUCCCCCUCUGCAUAAGAGCUGAGACUUCCUCUCACCAUUCACAUCGUAGCAGAUGUUUAACAACAGCUGAAGGAAUCCUAGCCAGAAGUUGUUGUUUGUAAGGACAUGGAGAAAGGAUGCAGAGUCAGCAAGCUGUGCAUUCUGAUCGUGGUUUUAGCCUUGGCUGCCAUUGCGACCAUCGUCACAUUGUGGACUCUUGCCCUCACAAGGGACGAUGACAUAAACCCUUGGGACAGGUAUCGUCUCCCUGCUGAUUUUGUCCCUGAAUUCUACAACAUCACCCUCUGGCCCCGUCUCAGCCCUGACCCAAAAACAGGCCUCUACAUUUUUACAGGUGAAUCAACAGUGAAGUUUGAGUGUGUGAGAGAAAUAGAUCUGAUCCUGAUCCACUCCAACAAACUGAAUUACACAAAGCUGGAGAAUGCACAGAUUGUCAGGCUCACUGCUUCAGAUGGUGGAUCUGCUCCCACUAUUACGAAGUCCUGGCUUCAGCCUGAGACCCAGUAUCUGGUCAUCCAUCUGAGUGGUACAUUAACUCCCCAACACACGUACGAGCUGUAUGCUGAGUUCACAGGAGAACUAGCGGAUGACUUGGCCGGCUUUUACAGGAGCCAAUAUGAAGAAGAUGGAGUCCAAAAGAUUGUUGCCACCUCUCAGAUGCACCCAACUCAUGCCAGAAAGACCUUCCCUUGUUUUGAUGAGCCAGCUAUGAAAGCUGUUUUCAAAAUAACUCUAAUCCACCCGACUGGAACGGUGGCCCUUUCCAACGGCAUGGAAACAAAUAGUGUUAACACCACUAUUAACGGCAGACCUGUGACACAGACCAUGUUUGAGCCCACAGAGAAAAUGUCCUCCUAUCUACUGGCCAUCAUUGUCUCUGACUACAGACAAAUCACUACGACACAAGGAGACACACUGAUCCGUAUCUGGGCUCGGAGGAAGGCCAUUGAGCAGGGACAGGGGAGCUAUGCCCUUAAUGUGACUGGACCUGUGUUGGACUUCUUCCAGUCAUACUAUAACAUCUCCUACCCUCUGAGCAAGUCAGAUCAAAUUGCUCUGCCAGACUUCUAUUUCGGUGCGAUGGAAAACUGGGGUCUGGUCACAUACAGAGAAACCAACCUUCUUUAUGACCCUGUAACCUCCUCCAACAGAAACAAAGAAACCACCGCCACCAUUAUUGCUCAUGAACUUGCACAUAUGUGGUUUGGUAAUCUGGUGACUCUGCGUUGGUGGAACGAGGUCUGGCUGAAUGAGGGAUUUGCUUCAUACGUGUCGUACCUGGGAGCAGACUAUGCUGAGCCUUCAUGGAACGUGAAAGACUUGAUAGUACUUGAUGAUGUUCAAAGGGUGAUGGCAGUGGAUGCCUUGGUCUCCUCUCAUCCUCUGUCCUCUAAAGAAGACAGCAUCAUCCUUCCAAACCAGAUCACUGAGCAGUUUGAUACCAUCUCUUACAGCAAGGGUGCAGCAGUGUUAAGGAUGAUGUCCGAUUUCCUCUCAGAGCCCGUCUUCGUCCAGGGACUCAAUAGUUACCUCAAUCAAUUUGCCUUCAAUAAUACGACAGGAGAUGACUUGUGGGACCAUCUAGAAAUGGCUGUGAAAGCCAAUGAUGUUUACCUUCCUCGUCCGGUGAAUGAAAUCAUGAACCGCUGGGUGCUCCAGAUGGGCUUCCCCGUGAUUACCAUAGAUACCAAUGCAGGAAUGGUAACCCAGAAGCAUUUCCUGCUGGAUCCAGAGUCCACUGUUGCAGUUGAAUCCCCUUACAACUAUGAAUGGCUGGUUCCUAUCAGGUGGAUGAGAAGGGGAGGGGUCCCAACAGAUGUUUGGUGGCUAACCUCAAAGAAAGGGUAUAACUAUAAUAUGGCACAGCCUCUUAAUUGGGUUUUGGCAAAUAUUAAUGCAACUGGAUAUUACCGUGUGCACUAUGACCCGGGUAACUGGGAAGGACUCUUCCUCCAGCUUCAUAGAGAUCGACAGGCUAUACCAGUCAUAAACAGGGCACAACUGAUUGAUGACUCCUUCCAUUUGGCCAGGGCUAAUCUACUCCAAAGUAGUCACCCUUUGAGGUUUAUCUCUUUUCUGGUGUAUGAAAACGAAUACAUGCCCUGGCAGACUGCUUUGAACAAUCUGGACUACUACUACCUAAUGCUGGACCGCACGGAGGUCUAUCAGCCUUUGCAGGACUACAUAAAGAGCCUGGUAACUCCCCUCUUUGUGUACUUCAAAGAGUUGACAUCAGACUGGACUCUUGUUCCUGAGGGACACACUGACCAGUAUAACCAGGUGAAUGCCAUCCAAAUGGCCUGCAAGACUGGACUAACAGAAUGCCAGAACCUGACGACCAGAUGGUUCAAACAAUGGAUGGACAACCCUCAGCACAAUCCGAUCAAUGCAAACCUGCGUUCAGUGGUGUACUGCAGUGCCGUGGCAGCAGGUGAUGAGGCAGAGUGGGAGUUUGCCUGGGACCAGUACAAGAAUGCUCUGCUAGCCAGUGAGGCCAGCAAACUCAUGUCUGCACUGGCCUGUACCAAUAACACACAACUGCUGGAAAGGUAUCUUUCUUACACCCUAAACCCAGAUAUGAUACGUAAGCAGGAUGCUACCUUCGUCAUCACAUCUGUAGCCAGCAACAGAAUGGGCCAGAAUCUAGCAUGGGACUUUGUCAGGGAACAGUGGGAUUACAUGUUCACACAAUAUGGUGUGGGCUCUUUCUCUUUCGCCUCUAUGAUCAGUGGAGUCACAGCAAGGUUCUCCACAUAUGCUGAGCUACAUCAGCUGGAGCAGUUUGUGAAUAAGCACAGCGCAGCAGGGUUUGGCUCUGCCACACUGGCUGUGGAGCAGGCAUUGGAGAGGACCAGGUCCAACAUCAAGUGGCUGGAACACAAUAAAGACGAAAUCCUGUCAUGGUUAUUAGACUAGAUUUCAAAUUUGAGAAGUGGUUAAUGUUUUUAUCUUGAAUGAAAUGACCAAUUACUUAAAAGAAACAAUUGGCAACCAAUGAGAAGAAACCAGAGAGUAUGGGAAUUAUGUUCUGUCAUGUACAAACACAGAGUUGAGCUGGUGUUUCUUCAGUAACAGGACAACACAAAGCUACUACAAUGAAUUUGGACUCACCUUGUUUGUAGUAGAGGUGAAUAAGUCUCUAUUAACAAUAGCAAAAACAAUGUUGCUCUGCUUUAUAGUGUGGAUACUUUAGAACCUGUAAUUAAACAACGAUAUUGAAAUGCUGUAGAUAUAAGUGUUAAAAUAUAAUGACAGUGAGCAGAGAUCCCAACAAAGCCAAGAUUGGUCAGUGCAAACAUCAGUUGUUGCAAAAAUGAGUUGUUAAUGUGUCUCUGUGAGAUUGUAAAUCUAUAUUUAACACAUCCCUCUGCUAACGUGUCGCCUCUUUGUUGUUUCAUGAGAUGUAUUGAUUUAAUGUUUCAUAACUCAUGUCAUGAUCAAAAUCUAACCAUUUUUUCUACUAUACUGUCUUAAUGUAGCUGUAUGAGUGGUGUUGUUAUGUGGUAUAAUAGUCUCAGAAACAUCCAGACUAAAUGUGGUGCAUUGAUGAAUUCA